AUGGCCAACUGGAUCGAAUUGAUUCCAUCCCAGUUUAAGACGUCUGCUUUUAUAUCCGGCCUCAGGAGGUUUUUAAGCAGACGCAAUUUGAGACCUAACGUAAGAAGCGUUGAAGACAUGUCUCCUGCCACAAGACCUCCUCCGGCCAUUCCAAAAGGACCUCACCAUAAAUUGACAAGUAAUUCUUAUUGUGUUCGAGAAGCACGUGGACUAGUGACGCCACCGAUAAUCGUUGUGGACCAAACUACUCCUGAAAACGCAAAGAUAUCGGCCAAAGAAACUGCAAAAACGACAGCGAAACCGACUGGGUUACCUCUGCCGGGAAAUACACACCAAUGGGACUAA